UUUUGUGUGCCGGCAGCAGCAGACCAUUGUGUAGUUGCAGUAGCGGCGAGCGCCCCGCCCGGACCCGGGGCAGUUGCCUGUUUGGGCGUUCGGUCGUGAGAUGGGGUUGGCCACGAGGUGUUGAAGACGCAGCGGAAAGGCACACAUGGACACGUUCGAGACGUGUGCUCAGAUUGGGCGUCUGCCGAAACGUGCGAUGAGAAACGCCCGGGUGGGAAUGGAGUCGCAGGGCCUGUUCGCCCUGCCACACGAUCUGUAGAGUCCGGUCUUGCAUGCUCUCUGUCUUGCUCUCUGUCUUGCUCUCUGUCUUGCUCUGCUGCUGUGCUCUCUGCAUUGCUCUGCUGCUGUACGUCUUUGUCUCACCCACACGGCUCAUCUCGCAGCACGCACAGAAGCCCAGGCGUCGUAUUUCUCCCGGGUCCAGACGAAAAGCAUGAACAAGCAAGAACCAGCUGCCGUUGCCAGUGUCCACAUGAACAACAACACCUCCGCCACCACGACCGCCGGCGCCACCGAGCAGGACGGGAAGACGUUUUCGGCGUUCUUGCCGCCUCCGCCGAUCUUCAAGCCCAGGUUCGUGCACAUGCAGAGAUCGAACUCCCUCUCGGACAGCCCGCCAACUCCCUCCUCGAAGCCCGGCGCCGGAGCAGGCGCCAGCGGUCCGUCACCUUCUUCCACGCCCGUCGACUCCCAGGCGUCAACGCUGGUCUCGACCCCGUUCUCGUCGUUCGAGUCCCCAAACAGCAGCAAGAUCCAGGGCGGCACCGGCGGCGAAAUCACCAAGCCGGUUGCCAAGAACUCCAACUUCUUGACCUCCUCCUUCGUCUCUAACGAGGAGUACAGAAACUACUUUUUGAGCCACUCGCCUUCCAUCUCCCCGAUGACCCGAUACACCGACAUGCCGCUGCCCGACGACACCGACAUGAGUUCGGCAAACAACAGCACGGCGGGGAACAACAAGCUCAACCCGAACCCGCCGAUCAGACAAGCGAAAAAGAGAAGAAGAUCGUCCGCAUACAACAAGGAGGAGAUCGAGAGAAAGAAAAAGGAGCUGAAAACGCAGCACUCGAUCAUCGAGAAAAGACGCAGAAUUAAGAUGAACAGGGAGUUCGAGGCGUUAAAGUUUCUGGUGCCGGCGUGCAGACUCAACAUCCUCACGGGCUUGAAUGAUGGCAACUUCGACAACUCCACCAUGAUGCACAAGUUGACGAUUUUGCAGUCGACCGUGGAGUACAUCAAGUAUUUGCACUUGAUCAUCAAGCUGAUGAAGCUGCAAAUGUUGAUCCCCAAGGACACAAGAGACAUGUUCAAGUCCUGGAUCCAGAAGAACGACAACUUGAACUUCGUCGACUUCGACCUCGACCUCCAGUCGUACAGGGACAUCGAGUCCGAAUUCAGCUUCGAAAACAUCUUUCUCAAGGUUUGGGAAAACGACGGCGGCGUCCCCAACGACUGGCUUGACCCCAUCACAAAAGAAAUCAUCAAGGUUCUUUCUCCCUCCGCAGAGCCUCCCGCCGCCGCAAAACCCUCCAAACAACCGCCCACCACGAACGAAAGAGCCCAGAGAACCAAUCCGUCCAUGCGCUCUCAGUCGCAUCCUAACAUCCACACCCCGUCGACAAUUCUUGAGGAACGGAUCCAGCAGAACUCUGAGUACCGGAACAGUAUCCUGAAGCUGCAGCAGGAGUCCAACUCUUUCAAACUCCCGCUUCCAGCCAUUAUCGACAAACACCCAGAUCUGGGAAUACUGAACAGCGCUGGUAGCCGCAGCAACACCGGCCUCGCCGACAUGCUGCCCUCGCCAUCCUCGUCGUCAUAUGUCCCCAACACAUCCCCUCUCUCGAACACCCACUCGCCAGCAACCUCUUCAUCCACCCCUGCAUAUAGAAUCGGCAGCAACAACGCUACCACCUCUCCACUGAAACAAGUCCUGCCACCCCCGCUCGUCAGCCCUAGCAGGCCCUUAUUCCCAGGCGGCUCUACAACUCCUAGAAACCACUUUUCCUCCAUGUCUUCGAGCUACUCCCUGGCUAACAGUGGCGGUAGCAACUUCAACCCCGCUGCGCACAGCGCCAUACACGGUUCCCUCCCACAUAGACCCGUCCUGGCCACCGAGACACGUCUCAGCACCGAGCGCAGCAGAAACAACACGCUGCCUUCUCCGGACCGCACUCCUUACUCAGGCGCCACUCCUGCGACUGCCACGUCCUCUGGCUCUGGCUCUAGCUCCGGCUCCGUUUCCGUCUCGCCCGAGCAAAAGGGCUCCGCCCCCGACCACCACAGCCCGGAGAUCCAUGCCGCUUCCCGACUGCUCAUUGAGAUCAAGAGCAGUAAGUGCCAUUCGAGCAUCCAGGACAUCCUCAACUGAUCUGUAGCCUUCUUUCCCUUCUACCUAACCCUAUUCUAUACUUCAUCACCAACGUACUUGCC